AUGGUUGACGGCGAAAACCAGGAGGUGACCGCCGAGUCACCUUUGUCACCAGGAGCUCCAGCUGUUCGAGACACCUGGAACAAGCCGACAGGCGAGGUCCCAUCUGGAGUGCCAUCCAUCGCUGGUGGAGCAGGAGGCAGCGGAAGUGGACAGGCGGGCUCUGGAGGAGGGAAGAUCUCAACAACAUACCCUCCGAUCUUCUAUGCCCGUCCAGGUGAAAGCUGGGAACAAUAUUGGAGAACGGUGACCUUUUGGCUGGCUUCCGAAGGCAAGUCACUGCCGGUGGAAAUGCGGGGCCCCCGGUUGAUGCAGCAGUUGAGGGAGCGGGCCGGCAAGAUAGUUCAACAUUUGACGGUUGAUGAGGUGACCUCCAUCCAAGGGGUUGACAUCAUAAAGAGGGAGAUGGAGAAAUCACCUAUCAUCAGGUUGUUGGACAACAAGAAGAUCGACAAACGCAGGCAGAAGUUCAUGAAGUUGGCCAGGCUUCCCAACGAGAGCAUCGAAAGUUUCAUCAACCGAGCCGAAAUAUAUCGGCGGGAGAAUGAGGCCUCACCGGCCUACCGUGUGGGUUCAUGCUUCUAUGUUGGCCACCUUUUGGACAGCUGCAAAUUGACUCGCAAGGACUUGGCUCUCCUGAAGGCAGCCUGCGGUGGUGACAUCGAGGAUGAGACCAAGGUCAUUUCUGCGAUGCUGGAACUGGCAGAGCAGUUCGAAGGGGCGCCAUAUUGUCCCAUCGGACGAGGUGAGCCGCAGUUGGAUAAUGAAGAUCAAUAUCUGGUCCAAAAGCCAGGCUCUUCUUCCUCCGCUUCGACCUCAGUUUCGGAUCCUCCUUCGUCCAACCGGCGUCGUCCUUUUCCAAGGGCCCGGGGUGGUGGGGGCCGUUUUGCCUCCUCGGGCCGACGCCGUUUCCGGGAUGCUCUUGUGGCGAUCCUGGAGGAGGAUGGUGAUGAGGACGUGUUGGAGGAGACAUUGGCUGAAGUGAUGGGCGAGGACUCCGUCGAUGAAGAUGAGGAGAAGGCUGACAAUCCGGGCGAGAUGACGGAGUUCACACCGCCAAGUACGCAUGACACCUUUGUGACAUCAGGGCACCCGGGUGAGGCUUCUGGCACGAUCUCCCCGCUUGCAGAGAUCUAUGCACAAGAGCUCAAGGCCCGCAAUCGCGUGAGGGAGAUCAAGAAGAUGAGACAGUACUUCCAGAAGGAGACUCCGGGUGGCCCUACAGCGGCUCGGGGCGAACAUGUCAAGAAGUGGGUGGCAGAGCAACAGAAGAAGGAGCCAUGUUUUAUCUGCCACCAAUUGGGGCAUUGGAGCCAAGAGUGCCCGUACAGGCGAAGGGACAAGAAUGUCCAUGCCGCCAAUGUGACUUUUCCGGUAUCACCGCCUCAGCAACAGGACUGGGCUUUGCUGGAGUCACUGGCCGCCUCUGGAGUGUAUAUGGGGACGAUCUUGCGACACCCCUUCCCGGCCUGCGCCUCGUGCAUGGCGACGCGCCGACGACCGGAGCACAAGCCGGAGGCCUACGAGUUGUCCCAGACCGAAUGGGAAAACGUGGGACUGGAUCCGGAGGAGGACCUGCUCGAGAUGUCCGCCGAAGAAGCUCCGGAGAACGAGCAGGAGGUCAUGGGCGCCUUGCGGAAUCCUUUGAGGACGGCGAGGAGGCAGGUGCUGAAUCGACACAUCCGGAAGUCUUCAUCGCAGAGCCCUCCAGCAGCCGCCCGGAAGCAGCGGCAAGCCAGGCCUGCUUCAGCCAAGAAGACAGCUCCGGAAGAGCCAGCAUCAGCGUCUACGGCAUCCAGGCCUCCACCGAUGCAGAUGAAUAUGGAGCAGCUCCAGGCGAUGAUGAUGCAGAUGCAGGAGUUCAUGCAGGGCCAGAGCCCGGAGAAGCCAGAGGCCCAGGCCCGGGGACGCAGCAGUGGACGAGAGAAGAUCCCGGAGUCCACGAAGGUCAAGAAGACGCCGCGGAAGGCUGCGGUGGAAACCGAGAAGAAGAAAUGGCGCCGCAAUCCCAGAUGGAUCAUGUGGAUGCAAGGGAACCACAUCGCGGCACUAUGGGGAACACUGGGGGCGGCGGCUGGCGACUAUGUGACGGCGAAUGACGACCACGAGCUCUUCCACUCUGAGUUGAAGGACACUCUUGAGGUCUCCGAUGGUGACUUCUCGGCGGAGGGUGACGGCACGGGCAGGGCACCGGUGAAGCACACCUUGAACCGCCGCCAGAGACGCUCCAUCGAACAAGGUGUCCAGAGGGCCAUUCGUGCACACAACAAAUUGUACGAUGUCCUCGAUGCCAAGUCUGCGGAAGUCGGCCGCUGGACUCUGUUGGAGGUAUUUGCCGGUAAGGCCAGGUUGUCAACACGGGCCCGCCAGCGGAAUGCUUGUUGGGAUGUCCUACCCCCUCAAGAUAUUCUAUCCGGCGGUCUGGACCUUUUGGACGCCGAGCACAUCGAGCUUCUCAAGGAUGUGAUUCGCGCUCAAGAGCCAGAUGUGAUCACGCUGGCCCCUCCUUCUAAUCCUUGGUCGGCCUGGCAGCGACUUCGCAAGCGGAAGGCGGCCCUUCGUGAACUCCGUCGCCAACACCUACCCUUUUGGAACUUGGUGGCAUGGUGUUGGCAAGUUCAGAAUGCCACGGGGGGCUUGGUGGUUCUUGAGCAGCCUGCCAUCAACACGCCAAUGUUCCCGGAGAUGACUUGCGACUGUGCUCCUGGCCAACAUCAGCCAAUCGAGGGUUCAGUGCGCUUGUGGAACCCGGUGGAAGGCAAGUACCAGCAGAUCAAGCGGUCCACGCUGGCGGCUGAAUGGCCUGAAGGUUUUUGUGACUGGCUUCUCAACGGCUUGGAGGCCUUGCGAGAAGAGAGUGCCGAGGUCACCCUGGAAGUUCAUCAACACACACCGUCGUCACGUAUUUGGGAGGCUGUACCUGUGGAGGUGGAGGCUACACCUGAAGGACAGUUGAGGCAGCAGAUGAACAUUCUAGAUGGUCAUCACCGGUACGACUACAUCUCGUUCCUGGGCGUCUCCGCCAAUUUGACCAAGAAGAUCAAGUCGACGCUAGCUCAUCUGCAUGUGGCGCUCGGCCAUAUCUCCAACGAGAAGUUAGCCCGGAUGAUGUCCCAGAAUGGUGCCAAGACCUCAGUCCUUCAAGCCAUCAAGGACCUCGACUGUCAGGUGUGCAAAAGGGUGACGGCACCAACACCCACUCCCAAAUCAGCCUAUGCUCGGCCGAUGUCCUGGAACGUGAGAUUGUGCUCUGACACCUUCUACGUUUGGGAUGCCAAGGCCACCAAGUAUGCAGUCACCCACAUCAUCGACAGCUUCUCCUUGUACCAGGUGGCGAUUGCCGUGAUGGAUGCAACUGCCCAGACGACAGUCGGGCUACUCCGGGAUUCCUGGUUCCGAGCGUUUGGGCCCCCGCAGAUCCUGAUGACCGAUCAGGGGCCCGAAUACCAAGGGGCCGUGGAACCGCUGCUUCGAACUUUCGGCGUGUUCCACGACAUGGUACCACCGAGUGCAUCAUGGAGAAUGGGGCUGGCCGAAAGACAUGGUGCGGUGUUGAAGGUGAUGUUGAUGAAGAUGAUCAAGGAGCGCACCAUCAUUGGCCUUGAGGAGAUGCAAACAGCAGUGGUGGCUGCGACUACAGCGAGGAACCUGCAAACACGGGUGGCUGGAUAUUCGCCCAUGCAGCUCAUCUUCGGCAAGGAAGUCAGCGUGCCGGGGAACCUCAUGGAGGCCAUAGCAGGGCAGUUCCACUUCAAGGAAGUUGAAGCACGAGAAGGCGGAGAACAAGUUCGUGAUGCACCACCUUCGCGUGCUUCUGCGCCCGAUCCUCGUUACCCGGCCAUGACUUUGAGUGAUGAUGAACAAGAGCCGUCGGAUGACGAUGUCGGGCCGGAAGAGCUGAAGAAGGCUACCUCCGUGUUGGACGACCUGCCGAUGUCAGUGGCAGCCAAAAUCAGGAAGAAGGGAGAUUUGGAGGAGCGUCGCUCGACUAAGCGGAGAAUGUCCCCGACAGAACUGGAGGAGUCUUCGAUUCGGGCGACGGUGGCGUCAUCAUCAGCAGUGGAUCCCGCCAUGCAGACAGUCCGACAGAAGCGGGACUUCUAUGAGACUGCCUUCCGCACUACGCAGGAGCACCUCAAAAAGAUGAAGACCAAGUUGGAAAAGAAGAGCGCCCUGAUGAUGGAGCCGGUGGUCCCAGCUGCAGUUGCGGACAGGUCCGAGGCAUGUGAGAAUGGAGAGUCAGAGGAGGCUACGGGCAGUGAACCCGUCUACAGCCCAUACACAUCGGAGGAUUCCAACCAGACGAUGGCAUCGAUCAGCUCGCCCUUCAUUGAGGUGGACAUGUUUGAAGAGCCCUGGCAGCGUGAGGGUGAGGUGACCGACUACUCCGCCAGGAUGCCUGAACACGAAGUUCAUGUGACUGAUAUGGCAUCAGAAUGUCAGCCUUUGGACUACGACCAUGAUGUCCACCCGGCUGGCUGGCGAGCGGACGGCUUCCGCAGAGUUGGGAUCCUGAGAAAUCCAUCUUCCUGUACCAGAGCGAAAGUGCCCGCUGAUCGAUGGAGGCUGCUGGGGGAUGUCCCUAGCCGACUGCGUCGGCCACUCACGCAGGCCGAGGUCUUGGAAGCAUAUCGAAAGGGCCAGUUGAACACUGGACAGACACGCCCGGCAGUGGCACGACCUGGCCUACAUGAGGAUGAUGAUCGUGAGGGGAUAGCCUCAAAUCCACGGGGAGAACGAGAAUAG